AGUGCGCUAUCGAGUUCCAAUGCAGUGCUUCGCUUCACCGCAGCUGAAUGCGUCGGGAGAUUGGCACAGGUGGUUGGAGAGGCGGGUUUCCUGGCGGAUGUGGCGCAGGCCUCCUUUGAUCAGCUGCGCUGUUUUCGUGACUCCCAGGCCCGUGCUGCUGGUCUCUGUGCUGCCAUUGGCUGUCUCCAUCGAUUUGUCGGAGGUCUGGCCUGUGGGCAGCACCUCAGUACUAGUGUUUCUGUUCUUCUCGCUGUUGCACAGGACUCAAGCGCUCCCACGGUUCAGGCUUGGGCACUGAACGCUCUUGCAUUAACAGCUGAGUCAGGUGGGCCGAUGUUUCGUGAAUUCGUGCAGCCUAGUCUCAAUCUCGUCCUUCGCCUCCUCCUCAAGACCCCUUCGACCGUCACUGACAUUCAUAACAGCUUGGCAAACUUGCUUGGUGCUUUGAUCACCACGUUAGGGCCAGACUUGCAAUCAUCUGGUGGCUGUGGAGGUGGAGGCAAGCCGAACAUGGGUCUCUGCUGCCUCCUCUGUUGCUCCAUCUUGCUAGAGCAUCCCGAUCCCUUGCUCCAGGCUGAGGGCAUUACCAACUUCCAACGUAUCCAUGUCUUUGCCCCCCACCUAGUCAACCUCAGCCUCUUUGCACCCUUCCUUUCGGUAAGUUGCAAUAAAUGGUACUGUGACAUCGUCAUGCGAAAUGGCAUUGGUGAUCACUUUCACAUUUUUUCUUAA